AUGUUUUUCUACAAGAAUGACACUCAAGAGUGUGAUAUCGAAUACUUGACCGAUCCGACAUCGCUAUCGAACAACGGCCCCGACGCCCCAAUACCCCUCUGGUACACAAAUCAAGCCGUGGAGCCCACCAAGAUAGACAAAUCGUGCGAAAGUGGACCGGCUCCGUCUAGCUGCACCACCCAUGCCCAUGAGUAUCGAAUUGACUGGACCGCGGACUUCACAGCUUUUUACAUUGAUGGCGUUUGUCAGAAAAACUUCACCGACAACAUCCCAAACGUGGCGGGCCAAAUGGUCUGGAAUAACUGGGCGAACGGUGAUCAAGGUUGGACAGCUGGGCCUCCGAAUCGUGACAAUGUUUUCAAGAUCCAGAAAAUCGUCAUGUACUACAACACAGCAACCAAUGAGUCAGGUGAUUCAAGAUAA